UGUGUGUGUUCAGGAGCAGAGAGGUGUUGGUGGGAGCUGGCAGGGGUACCAGCGGGCUGAUGCAGGGACACCAACCUCCUCUGGGUGAAAUAAUGGGAUAUUUGAGUGUCCCAAACCCCAGGGCUGCAUUCUGAGCAUCUUCCCACUCCAGCAGAGCCAUGGGCUCUCAGCAGUUGGUUUUGUUUCCCUGGUUAUUGCAUAGGAAGCUGUGAAUGUUGUCUCAAAGAGAGCAGCUGUGUAUGGGGCUGGGGUCUGUCCAGGCUGUUGCAUUUCAGGAGCUUUCCGGCCCCAGUGGCUGCUUCAGUUUCUGGCAGAGGACUUUCAGCCCUUGACAGCACCGUGGGAUGAGCCAGGAGCUGCAGCCAUUGCUUUUUGUUGACCUGCAGCUGCAGUUUGUGCAUUGAGUCAGGCAGUCCCAGCAGAAUGUGUGCCAGGGUGUGUUUUGUGCAGAGGUCACCUGGAAUGUAAGAUGAGCAGCAGUGCAGCUGUGAGUGUGCUCACUUGGUGGAGCAGAUGGGUUCGAUACAGGUCAGACAGGUUUCCUCUUAGGAAGAAGCUCAGGAACCAGAAAUAACUUUCUGCUGGUGACUUUGCUCCCAACCGUAUGAAGCUGCAUUGAGGUUUACACCGAUGCCACUGGUUGCCACAGCAGUGUUCUUUCACCAGGAGUGACACAGAGAUAUUCCUGCUGUCUUAUGAAAGAAGAUGACUUCUUGUUUGGAAAGCUGAACGGCAACGUGAGCAGCUUGCUCCAGCUGACAACGUAGGAGCCGGAGCCCUUCUGCCUACUUGGAAGUGCAACUGGUAUGGGUAAUGGUGUGAGAGAAGGUCAAGUGGAUUUCAAAGGGCAGGAUGUGGAGCCAACUGCAUCAGCUCAUCUUCCAGCAGAGGAGCAGAAGAAAGUGCUUAACUCCCUGAUGUCUGGUGCACUGGCUGGUGCUGUUGCCAAAACUGCAGUAGCUCCACUGGAUAGGACAAAAAUCAUGUUUCAGGUGUCUUCAAAAAGAUUUUCUGCCAAGGAAGCCUACAGGCUGAUUUAUCACACCUACCUCAACGAGGGCUUCUGGAGCCUCUGGCGGGGGAACUCGGCCACCAUGGUGCGCGUGAUCCCUUAUGCUGCCAUUCAGUUCUGUGCACACGAGGAGUACAAGCAGCUCCUGGGGAGCUACUACGGCUUCCAGGGAAAAGCGCUGACACCCUUUCCUCGAUUCAUUGCUGGCUCUCUGGCAGGCACAACAGCUGCCAUGUUAACCUACCCCUUGGAUAUGGUCCGUGCUCGAAUGGCUGUCACGCCGAAGGAGAUGUACAGCAAUAUUGUUCAUGUCUUCAUCCGAAUAUCCCGAGAGGAAGGAUUGAAAACACUGUAUAGGGGAUUUACACCAACCAUCCUUGGAGUGAUUCCGUAUGCUGGGCUUAGCUUUUUCACCUAUGAGACACUGAAGAAACUGCAUGCAGAUCACAGUGGGAAAUCGCAGCCAUCCCCUCCGGAGCGGCUUUUGUUCGGUGCCUGUGCAGGUUUGAUCGGCCAGUCGGCAUCUUACCCCCUGGAUGUGGUUCGCAGGCGAAUGCAGACGGCGGGGGUGAUGGGACACACGUACAGCUCCAUCCUUCUCACCAUGCAGGAGAUUAUAAGAGAAGAGGGACUAAUCCGUGGUUUGUACAAAGGACUCAGCAUGAAUUGGGUCAAAGGUCCGAUUGCAGUGGGAAUAAGCUUCACAACCUUUGACCUGACGCAGAUCCUUCUCCGUAAAUUACAGCACAGCACUAAUGUUGAAAGGUAGUAGCUUAAUCCCCACAGCCCUCGCUGGAGAAACGUACGACACGUGUAGAAAGAGCAAUGCUAGCGUUCCCUCGCUCUGCACGUGCUCUCCUGCAGCUGAGAGCUUACCUUUCUUGUUUGUUUGUUUGUUCCUUUUGUGCUGUUGUUUGGUUUUCUUCUUUUAAUGAGCCUCCGCGUUGUUUUGAAACCUCAACCUGCAACUAACCCUCCCCUAAACGAAAUCCUUUCCGCCGCUCCGCAGAACGGAGUCCUCUCCAGGAGCUGCCUCAUCCUCCUGCUUUGUCCUUUGAUGCUGGGAGUGGAGCCUCUCAAACAAACAACAGUGCUGCUGAGCUCCACGUCUGCUCUCCGGGCAGAUGGAGUGGGGAUGAGAGAGAGAGAGGGGACUCGGUGCUGUUGGAAUGAACUCCUGAAUGUGGGAAGUCAGCACGGUCCUGGGAGGCGGUUCUUACUGUGCGCUGCUGGAGGCAGUCUGCCAAGUGCAAUAUUCCAGUUAAUCUGUCAGGAAUUCCACGUUCCUCUGACCUGUGAGUUCUGUAAAACAGGACGCAGCAGGAUUUCACAGGUCCGGGUCACUUCUUUUCUUCUGGAAGCUGUGUGUGAGCUCUGGCUGGAAGAGCUGCCCGUUUGCAGAUGUUGUUUUUCCCUUCUGGGUUGAGUUGCAUGAAAUCUCCCUUGCGUGCAGCAUUCCCCUGAGAUUACCAAAGACUGUAGGCAGCAGGGGAGGAAAGUUCUGAGCAGUUUUGUAAAUCAAAUUCUCAUGUUUGCUGUCAGUGUCAUUGAUGGGGGCUGUGCCUGGGAUCACAGACUGGAUUGGAUCAAACUGCAGCAGUGCUUUCAGGCCGUCAGAACCCUUCCGUUGUCGUCACGGUCUUAAAGGCAGCUGUUCUCCAAGGGAUUUGGCUGUAGUGCCCUAGGCAAGAAGAGAAACUGUUACAUACUGAAAUUUUCAGCAGUUAUGUCCUUCAGUAUUACUGUUGCUGCUUUAUGCACGUUGCAGGAACAAACGUCUCAGAGAUGCACACGUGAUGCAGGCUGAGCUGCUCCCAAAGGCUGGUUUUGUCUGGUGGCCCUGCUUCCCAACAGCCGCUGUCCUUUGGUGCCUGCUGUGUUCUUAAUGCACACCUAACCCCACUUGCUUUCAGUCCUUGAGUUCCUCUGGACCGCGUCCUCAGGAGAACGGGCUCCUCAGGACUUAUGUCUAGUGCCAAUCAUUUCCAGUUGCAAUUUGAAAAUGAAUGAUAGAGUACCUUUCAUUGCUUCUAUUUCAAGUCAGGCUUCGGAGAAAUGGAGAUCUGAGGGUGGCUUUGUCUUCUGUUCUGUUCCUGUAUUAAAUUUGGAGUGCAAGAGGUCACAGCGAGCUUUAGAGUUCUCUGGGAAUCCCAUUCCACAAGCCAAGAUGAAAAAUCCCUUCCCAGCUGAUACUACCCAUGUAGAGGGGAGAUAACAUAUAAAAGAAAAAAUAAGGCAUAAUCUAAAGGCUGUCCUUCUCUGGUGUAUAUAUUUUAGUCACUGUAGUUUGACCCUCGUGUCACAGCUUUAUUAAUGGGAAUGGAGGUAAUUGCACAACUGGUAGAAAUAGCUUUUUCCUUUCUUUUGUCUUUGCACUUGUUCUUCGGAGCAUAACUCGCUUCUAAUGCCAAAUAUUUCCCUAGGAACUGAGCACUUGUGCUUCCACUUGGUGGACAUGGCAGGCAGCCUCCUGCAGUUUAGUGUGUGUGUUGAUGCCAGAAGACGGGGAUCGAUCCGACUGUAAUGCUUGUGGAUGGGCAGGCUGUGAACCUCAGUGAUUUCUGCCUCUGAGCCCACCAGCGAUGAUUUCCGUUGUGAAACUUGACUGCAGUCACCAUCUCACCUUGUAACUAAAUGUUAGGUGUCGCCGUAAGAGUCCUUAGAGAUGACAGCCAUGAGUUCUCUGUCUUUUUACUCCCUUGCUAAUGGAAGACGAUCAGCCGUUUUCUUCACUGGGUGAAACGUUCAGUCCUUUGCAAGAGCUCUGAUUUCUUUUCUCCAAUGGAGAAGCCAAUUACUUCUGCUCUUGCUUCGGUCUCGCUUGGCCUGGUGAGGAAGUGCUGGGGCAUCUCAGCAGGAACGAGGCGCAGACCAGCAAUGAAGAGUGUAAGCAGUGGCUGUUGUAGGUGUGUGCUUGCAUAUCCCACCAUAUAUACAACCUGCACUGAGUUCUGCUCAGCUUGGAGGCUGCUGGUUCAGAGCGCAGUCCUUUGCACAGAUGACUUCUGUAGUGACAGCAGAGGAUGCUGAGCUGUGCCUUCCGAGCUCGGGCAGGCUCCUGUGCUCUGCACUGUGGUAGGUGGUUGGGGCAGACGCUGCAGUUCUUGUCUUAUGAGGCAGGGCACCUCCUGCCAUGCUGGGUGUGCAGCUGGAGUGUUGGUGAAUGGAAAUCCUAUGGAGGGGGGGGUUUGUGGCACCUCGCAGCCUGGCUGGAGCCUAAGGGCUGAGCUGAGGAUGGAGACCUGAAGCACAGCCUGGCUUGGAAGUGCUGAGCUGAGGGAAGCUGUUCCUUCAUUAGCAGCUACACCUGAUUUGAAUUCAGUGAGCUGUCAGCCAAACACAUUUCUCCAAGUUCUGCAGGCUGAGAGCUUAUUCAGAGAGAGAUCUGAGUUCAGUCUGUAAUUGUUUUGGUGCUUUUAUUUCUUGGGUGAGAGAAUAACUGUGUCACUGCUUUGGGCUGUUUUGAAUAGCUCUUUCUUUUUCCUUGGUUUGAAUGUACGAGAGGAGAAACGGAGUGUUCCCUUCCCUUCUCUUAAUCUUUGCGUGAAUUGCGAUACGUUCCAGGUCUCUGUGCUGCCCGGAAUGAAUGCCUGAGGAGCUCUGGGAACACAUUGGGAAGGGGAGGUGCCAGCCAAGAUCCAUUCCUUCAGCUCUGAGAGAGAAAAGCCUAACAGGAAUAUCCUCCAGUUCUUCUUUUCUUUAAAACUAAUUUACUACCCCACGUUCAAUUCCUUGCUUUAAUUUUCAAGCCAUGAAUCUUACUUCUCUCGAAUGCAUUACUGCCAAACGUUCACCUGUGCUUUUAUUCUUUUUUUUUUCCUCAUCUCUUCUUCCUGCUUCUGCACCUUUAGUUCUGCACUUGCACUUCAAGAAAAUCAGGUCCAGUGAAAUGCAUCUAAAGUGACAAAACUGGAGCUUUGGUAGGGAUCCCCGAGACAGUCCUGCUCACGGGCAAGGAGAGUUCUGCACAGGGCAGGAAGGGAAAGGCGUGAGGUAAUGGGGCAGAAGGUUUGGGGAAGAUUCUUGUGUUCCUUGCCCAGCCUCUCGCCUUUCCUUGGCUCACUGCAAGGCGCUGCUGCUCACCAGCUCCUCUUUGGGCACCUCCACGCAGUGCUGUGCUCUGUGCAAGCAAUGUGGGGAGAGCUGAUGCUGCAGGCAAGGAUAGGAGGGGCAUAAAGUCACUGAAAGGCACAGGAUGAGCAUUAUCCAGCCCUUUUCUCCUGGGCUGGUGCAGAGGAGGAGGUCUGGAGCUGUGCUGCACGACAGCCUUUGCUAUGGCAGGGCUGGUGCUUCCCACUGCUCUGCACGCCGUGUGAUGGAUGCAGGGUGUCCCAGCACUGCUUGCUGCCUGUGUGGUCUAUGCAUAUAUUAACACAAACACUGUUAACUGCCUUUUGUCCAGACGUGUCCUCACCAUCGGUGUGUGUGCGUGCGUCGAUUUCUGACUGCUUUUCUUGGAUCUGGAAUUCUAUUUUAUUGCAGUGAAGACACUUUGGUAUAUAAUGUUUAUAUAUUUUAAGAUUUGUGCCAAGAGAGGAUGUAUAUUUAAUAAAAAAUUUAAUUGACUUUG